UCGGUCACCGGCAAACCGAACGCGAUCACCGAGAUCCCCAUACACAAUAUAUUAGCAUCGCCAGGUAUCGCGCGAGCACCGCGCGGAAACCACCGGCAGUCUUACAAUUAUACGUACUAUAUAACUGUUUACUGAUAGCAAAUAAGAAGAGUGCCCUUUCUUUGUUUUUCACGGUUCGGUCGAUGAUGAACAUCGAGGGUAAGAUCGCGAUCGUCACCGGAGGGGCGAACGGAAUUGGUUUUUGCACCGCUCGGAAACUCUUGCGAAAUGGAGCAAAGGCGGUGGCUCUUUUGGAUUUGAGUGAUUCAGGCGGUGAGAGCGCAGCUGCAGAUUUGAAUAAUGAAUUCGGAAAGGAGCGUGCAAUUUUUAUCCCCUGCGACGUAGCGAAAAGCGAACAGCUUAAAGAGUCGUUCAAAAAAGUUAUCGACACGUACGAGAGUUUAGAUAUUCUGGUAAACAUUGCCGGCAUCAUGGACGACGCGGAUUGGGAGAUUAUGGUCGAUGUUAAUUACAAAGGCAUCGUUCAUGGAACGAUUUUGGGAUUGCAUACUAUGGGAAAGUACAAGGGCGGUACCGGUGGUACCAUCGUCAACAUGUCCUCCGUGGCUGGCCUCGAAGGCAUCCCCAUAGCACCGAUUUAUGGCGGGACGCAGUACGCUAUCGUGGGAUUCACUCAAUCAUUGAAGCAUUAUUACGAGAAAACCGGUAUCCGCAUGUUGACGAUUUGUCCUGGUUUGACGACCACGGCCAUGGCCGCCAGAUUUAUGUCCACCAAAGAGCACGCCAUGGAUCUUCUCGACGAGGAAACUGCAGCAAAUGCAAUGCAGAACAUGCAAAAACAGCCGCCGGAGAUCGUAGCAAGUGCUAUCAUCGAGCUUAUCGAGAAGGGACAGAAUGGGGCAAUUCUCGUCAUCGAGAAUAAUCAACCCCCUUUUGCGAUCGAGAUACCUAGUUACACUACCCUCAAGGUUCCUAUAUAAGCGUUACAUAAAACCAGAGAGGAACUUUGGUUUUUGACGAUACUAUCCACUAACUGCUAAUUCAAUUCAACUACUAAUACUAAAUUAUGUAAUAAAUACUAAUAACACAUACUGGUAACUUGUUUAUUCAUUUAAUGUCCAAGAGACAUAUAUACGAGAAAUAUUCAAAGUAUUGAUACGCUUACACAAGUUUUCAAUUUCAAGUUACCAACUAAACUUUCAGUGUUUCCUUAGAUUAAUCCACGUAUAUAAGAAAUGUUCAACAACUAUUAAUAUAUAAUUAUAUUAAAAAAAAAAAUAUGUAAUAUUCUAUUAAACAGCAGUAUAAUGUUCAA